AUUCCAUAGAUAUUCCAUGACCAGAAACGCAACCACUCAAUUACUACCAUAGUCCUGACUCUGUGAGAAACCUCCCAUCAUGGCAAUCUGUAUCACGUUCGGGACGCACGAAUUCACCUCCAUGCUAGAAGGCUACGAGAAUGUUAGAGCAUACUGCUAUAACUGCCAACACUGGAAUGGACAUUGCGUUACGCGAUGGCCUUGGUUUACCGUUUGCUUCAUUCCCAUGAUCCCGCUAGCGACACAUAAGUACAAGGAAGUUAUAUGUCAUACAUGUCGCUUCACUCAAGACCUGCGAGACCAGGCCACCGCCGGGUGUACCAUCUGGACCAGUGCCACCUCCACAGGCCUAUUGGGGACCUCCUCCUCAGGCUUCUGGGGGAAAUGGAUAUCCCCAGCCCGGACCACCGCCGCAGAACUAUCCGCCUAAGUGAUUGCUGUGGUCUUCUUUGUGUUGUUCUUCGUGUUCUUUUUGUUUUCUUCAGAUGGGACUUUGUUCUAGCUGGAAAGUGACUGGUUAAUGAUGUGUAAUAAUCUGCUCGUUUGUGAAAGAUACCUAUACUUUUGUUUGACCCUUCUUGCUCUUUAACUGAAUUUACGGGUUCUGCUUUCAUGUCAUAUGUA